CUCCGAUAAGGGAGCGUGUGAGUGCACCUUUCACUCAGAAUGAUGCGAUGAUGUGAUGCGCACGGGAUCAACUCUAAAUACCUACAUCCUAGUAGUGCUGGGCAAGUGGUAAAGUACGACAUGGCAUGUACAGCAUUCAUGGAUGAAGCCUGACAUGGAUAUCACCCGCAUAUCCCGAGAGUGCAAGGUGCUCUUUUAAGAUGUGGCAUGUCUGCCCAACCAUCCAGAGCAUGAAACCAUUCUUUGUUGUUCAUUGCUCAUUGCUCGUUGCACGUUGCUCUUCUGCUUCAUGCAUGCGGGGCUAAAGCUGUUGCUACACUCCAACGUCAAUCAUAACCUCGACUUUUCUAUCUUCGAGGACCAAGCUGGUCUCCUUUGACACUUCAACUUAAACUAGAUUAUUCAAGUCAGGCACUUGAAAUUUCACCCAUAUUCCAUAUUCCCAACGGAGCAUGGUUCAUGCCCGCUAUAUCUUUCGAUAUAUCACAGGUUACAGUUACUUUAUAACUCUGGCAACAUGUAUUCCAUAAUGUUUAACGAGGCGCUUCCGUCCCCGCCUCCUCUGCCUGCGCCGGUUAGAGAGGAGGUCGAAGGACUCAAGUUUCCCGUUUACCUACUCCCCAGUCUCUCUAUGCCCUUUCGCCGAAGACGACAGAGCUCGCAGUCGAGUCACGGAAGUCCACCAGCCGAUACUCCACCGUCUUUAAGUUCGUCUCCUACGGACUCGACACCAUCAAGCCCUACGAGGCGGCUAUCGAUACCCUCAUUUACUUUACCUACCAACUUAUUUACCAACUCUAGAUCUAAAGGGAAUCAAUCAGCCCUAGCGCCCUUGGAGAGAUCUAUUGCACGAACACAACCCAACACUAUUAGGUGCUCUACAUGUGCUUCCGAUUUUGCUUUCGCCUCGCAAAUUGUGAGUAAGGGGUUCACAGGCCGUUACGGCCGAGCAUUCCUAGUUUCAGCGCAAGAUCAGCCGCUACGUAGAGGCAUAAAGGCCGGCGACCUUAUUAACAUCAAGAUUGGCAAGUCGGAAACUCGCCUCUUGGUUACCGGAUCGCAUGUCGUCGCAGACAUCUUUUGUACGGUCUGCCACGCUAAGGUGGGCUGGAAAUACAUAGACGCAAAGGAAGAGUCGCAGAAAUACAAGAUCGGGAAGUACAUACUCGAGACCCAAAGAGUUGUUGUAUACCGGAACUGGGAAGAUACCAGGGUUGGCGAUGUUCACGAGUUUGAAACCGAGCAGGAAAACGUGCCAACAGAGGGUGAUGCAGAGCCCGUCAUCUUUGACUCAGACGACGAGGAUGAAUGCGAAGAUAUAUUCAUGGGGACAUGGGAUGCUAAUGUGGUUGCUAAGAGGCGAAGUCGGAAGGUCAAUCGGCGUCCGAAGAAUAACGACGAUUGAAUUACCUAACAGCCGCAAGGAUCACACGGAGUUUCGUGACGGUAAUACCCCAAAACGGAUGUUUUUCAGGCGGGCAUAGUGCUUCAACACUCUCUCUUAAGAGGAGUUGACGGACCCUUGGUAAAUAUGGAAUGGGACGGAUCUGGGCGUUUUUGGCUUUAUCACAUUGCAUGCGGCAUUUACAUUAAUAUUGAUACCCUCACUAUAACAGGUUUAGGAUGCGGUUCUUUUCGACCACGAGCUUCUGAUU